AUCUUCAUCAAAUUCGAGCAUUGCUCCGGCUAUGACAACCAAUGCUUCAACUCUUGAAGAGCACAUCGCAAGCUUAACGAAGGUUAUUGAAGGGCUCGCGAAGAAGAUCAAAGAGCAAGACUCUCAAAUCUCAAAGCUAAUGGACAAGGUCGACAAUGCUGAAACAAGCCACGCAAAGAGAAAACGAACUGAAGAUCGUGAGGAGUCUGAAACAUCCAAGCAAGAGCAAUAUGAAGAAAGAGAGAAGACUCCAUUCCAACACUCGUCCACGGGAAUGAUCCCCAUUGAUCAACUGAAGGAUUUCAUCAUCGGAACAAUUAAGGACAAACUUGAUGGUGGUUCCAAGUCAACCCACAGCUACGUCAAGCCAUAUUCAACAAGGAUCGAUAACUUGAGGAUGCCUGUUGGAUAUCAACCUCCCAAGUUCCAGCAAUUUGAUGGCAAAGGCAACCCGAAGCAACAUAUAGCCCACUUUAUCGAGACAUGCAACGAUGCGGGAACCCAUGGUGAUUAUCUCGUGAAGCAGUUUGUUCGUUCACUUAAAGGGGUUGCAUUCGAUUGGUACACUGAUUUAGAAGCAAACUCCAUCGAUAGUUGGGAGCAAAUGGAGCACGAAUUCCUUAGUCGCUUUUACAGCACGAGACAUACAGUCAGCAUGAUUGAGCUCACUACAUCUCGACAAUGGAAGGAGGAGCCAGUCAUCGACUACAUCAAUAGGUGGAGAAACUUAAGUCUGAAUUGCAAAGAUCGUCUGUCUGAGGCUUCUGCCAUUGAGAUGUGCAUUCAAGGUAUGAGUUGGGGUCUUCGUUACAUCCUUCAAGGUAUUUGGCCGAAAACAUUCGAAGAGUUAGCGACUCGAGCCCACGACAUGGAGCUAAGCAUGACCGCAAGCGGGGCUAAUGGUCCUCCAAUCCAAGAACCCCAAAGCUCCAAGGAUAGAUACGAGAAAAAGAAAGGGGGCAAUGCCUUGCUAACUGUAGAUGAAGAAAAGGCCCACAUAGAGCUUCUUGGUGAGUUUAAGGAUGUAUUCGCAUGGGCAUAUAAGGAGAUGCCUGGACUAGACCCAAAGGUGGCGGUGCAUAACUUGUCCGUAAGAAAGGGGACAAAACCUGUUAAACAAGCACAACGGAGGUUCCGACCUGAGUUGAUCCCAUUGAUCGAGGCUGAAGUAAAUAAACUCAUUGAAGUUGGAUUCAUUCGUGAAGUUAAAUAUCCUACGUGGAUCUCGAGUAUCGUUCCUGUCAGGAAGAAAAAUGGCCAAAUUCAAGUUUGCGUGGAUUUUCGAGAUCUUAACGAGGCGUGUCCAAAAGACGACUUCCCGUUGCCUAUAACUGAGCUUAUGAUUGAUGCUACGACUGGACACGAAGCGUUGUCUUUUAUAGAUGGUUCGUCAGGAUACAAUCAAAUACGCAUGUCUCCAAAAGACGAAGAGUUGACAGCAUUUCGCACUCCAAAGGGUAUAUACUGCUACAAGGUGAUGCCAUUCGGCUUGAAGAACGCUGGAGCUACAUAUCAAAGGGCAAUGCAAAAAGUGUUUGAUGACAUACUCCACAAGAACAUCGAAUGCUAUGUUGAUGAUGUGGUGGUAAAGUCGAAGAAGCGAGAAGACCACUUACAAGAUUUAAGGAUGGUUUUUGAACGCCUAAGAAGAUAUCAACUCAAGAUGAAUCCACUGAAGUGUGCAUUUGGUGUCAAGUGGGGGAAGUUUCUUGGGUUCAUUGUUCGUCACUGUGGAAUAGAGAUCGAGCAAGCAAAAGUCGACGCGAUACUAAGAAUGCCCGAGCCUCGCAACAUUCACGAGCUUAAAAGUCUGCAAGGAAAGUUGGCGUAUCUUCGAAGGUUCAUUUCAAAUCUAGCCGGACGAUGCAAACCUUUUAGUCAUUUAAUGAAGAAAGGUGUUCCUUUUGAGUGGGAUCAAUCUUGUACAAAUGUUUUCGAAAGCAUAAAGGCAUAUUUGAUGAAGUCUCCCGUGUUAGUUGCACCAGUGUCUGGUCGUCCUCUUAUCCUCUACAUAGCGGCGCAAGAACGCUCUGUUGGAGCUUUGCUGGCUCAAGAAAAUGACGAUGGAAAGGAGAGUGCGUUAUAUUAUUUGAGCAGAACGAUGACGCCGAACGAGCUGAACUAUUCACCGAUUGAGAAAAUAUGUUUGGCAUUGAUCUUUGCAAUCCAAAAGUUGAAGCAUUAUUUUCAAGCUCAUACGGUUCCUCUUGUUUCAAGGGCAAAUCCUUUGAAAUAUGUCAUGACAAGACCCGUCCUCUCAGACCGUUUAGCUAGGUGGUAUCUUCAACUUCAACAGUUUGAAAUUGUCUACAUCCCUCAAAAGGCUGAUAAGGCUCGAGUGAAAAUUUGUAGAAGUUGGGUUAUACCUCCGUUUGUCGACGAUGAUGAUUGGAAUGAAGAUGAAAUUCAUGUGGUUGAAGUAUUUGAAAUUGAAAAGGAAGAUUGGCGUCAAUUGCUCGUGGAUUACUUGAAGUAUGACAAGUUGCCCAACGAUCCACGACAAAGGAUUGAUGUUCGACGACGUGCGCCUCGCUUCAUUUAUUUCAAUGAUGUGUUAUAUAGACGAUCAUUCGAUGGAGUGUUCUUGAGAUGCUUAGGCGACGAAGAAGCUGCUCAAGCCAUGGAAGAAGCUCACUCGGGCAUAUGUGGCGCUCAUCAGUCCGGUCCGAAGCUGCACUUUCAAAUUAAGAGAAUGGGAUACUACUGGCCGACAAUGGUUAGGAACUGCAUGGCUUAUGCCCAAAGAUGUCAAGCGUGUCAAUUUCAUGCAAAUUUGAUCCAUCAGCCUCCUGAGCCGUUGCACCCUACUGUCGCUUCAUGGCCUUUUGAUGCUUGGGGAUUAGAUAUG